AAAGAACAAGCCGACGAAUCAUAGCCUUUGUUACACACCUCAAAAAAUAAUAAUAUAUCUCAAUGAAGGGGCACAUGAGAUUCUAUUCCAUUCUCCCUUUUGACUGUUUCCCUUUUAUCUCUUUUCUAUUUAUUGUUUCUGAAUUUUUCAUUCCAAUUUCUUGAGUAGAGAGGACCCUACUCCCUAUUUGCACCUAUUCCUAUUUCUUUGUCCCCUCUUCUAUCCUUUUGGAAACCAUCAAAUAUUUUGUUUGGUAUAUAUGUCAAGUUUUAUGGUUCUUUGCAAGAGAAACUUUGGACCCUUUUGUUGCAGACGAGAGUAAGAGUUCUCAGUUUAACAUCUAUUAUUCAGAUGGACAACGAAUUUGAAGAUAGACAAGAAGAAACAGUUUCAGAUAUCAUACGAAGCAAUCAGCAGAGGAAAAAGCAGUCGUUUCUGUGGAAAGUUUUGGCCAUGAGAGAGAGAAAUGGAAGGACAAUGGAGAGAGGUUCAAAUUAUUCCCUUGAUGUACUUUCUGAUCCAUCCAUUGAAAAUCGAGGCUCAGAACCUUCUAUGUCUUCUACUGAAGCAGUUCAAAAUCUCAGAGUUUUUGCAGCAACAUGGAAUGUAGGAGGCCAAUGCCCCACUAUGAACCUUGAUCUGAGUGAUUUUCUUCAGGUUCGAAAUGAACCAGAUAUGUAUGUUUUGGGCUUUCAGGAGAUUGUUCCUUUAAAUGCUGGAAAUGUGCUGGUAUUAGAGGAUAAUGAGCCUGCUGCAAAAUGGCUUGCUUUAAUCAAUCAAUCACUCAAUGGCCCUUCAGAUUUGGCUUCGAACGGACUAAAACAAACUGGAUCUUUUGGCGGACCAUUAUUCUUCCAAAAGCCUUCUCUAAAGAAGAUUAAGAAAACAUUCAAGAAAAUAAAUGGAAAGAGGCUAAAAAGUUGUAACUGUGUUCUUGAAAUGGAAAGGAAGGCUUCUAAGGAUUUCUGUUUCCGUUGUCAAGAAUCUAACUUCAAUUCGGAUGACUCUUCUACCGAAGAGGAGGACGAAAAUUUUUCAAUUCCUGUUGCCUUAGCUACUAGCCAGAUGAAAUACAGUCUUGUUACAUGCAAACAAAUGGUUGGAAUUUUUGUAAGUGUCUGGAUGAAGAGGGAACUUGUUCAGUAUGUUGGCCAUCUGAGAGUAUGUUGCACUAGCCGCGGGAUCAUGGGUUGCCUUGGCAACAAGGGGUGUAUAUCAGUGAGCAUGUCUUUUUAUCAGACAAGUUUUUGCUUUAUCUGUAGUCAUUUGGCAUCUGGAGAGAAAGAGGGUGACGAGCUUCGCAGGAAUCUUGAUGUCAUAGAGAUUCUGAAGAACACUCAGUUUCCAAGGAUUUGCAAGACACCACAUAGUAGAAUGCCUGACAGAAUCUUAGAUCAUGACCGAAUCAUAUGGUUUGGGGACUUGAAUUACAGAAUCUCUUUGAGCCAUGAGGAUGCAAAAAGGCUUGUGGAAAAGAAGGACUGGCCUGCACUUUUUAACAAGGAUCAGCUUAAAAUGGAAAGGGAAGCAGGUCGUGUAUUCAAAGGGUGGAAAGAGGGAAAAAUCUACUUUGCACCAACCUACAAAUAUGCCUUUAACUCAGACACUUACUAUGUUGAAGGUGUAAAGGUUUCAAAGAACAAAAGGAGAACUCCAGCUUGGUGUGACAGAAUCUUGUGGCAUGGAAGAGGAAUCCAUCAACUUUCAUACGUCCGCAAGGAAUUUAAGUUCUCUGACCAUCGACCUGUUUGUUCAACAUUUAAUGUAGAAGUUGAGGUUAUGUUCAGACAGAAGAAAAAAGUUUCAACUUAUAACUUUCAGAACAUUGAUGAUCUUGUAUCCACAAGAAGUCCAUAUUAUUCUUGAAAAUUCGUACAUUGGUGCACUAACAACAAUGAUUGCAAAAGUGAACAAUAAAUAUCAAAAUUUUGGUUGCAGCUGACGGUGAUGAAAAGUUUGAAGGUUUUGGAAUGCAUCAAGAAACUUGUUGCAUCCAGAAUAGAAGAAACUAUGAUAUUGAUGUAAUAAAAAUGUUAUUAGAAUUAACUUCUUUUUUAUGAAAAAGGAAAAACAAGUUCCUACUAGCAUGUUCUAAGAAAAAUAUGUCAAUGAUUUAUUUUUUGUCCUAUAUAGGAAAUUAGUAUA